AUGUCGACUGACAUCUCUAUUCCCAGUGACCUCGAAUUGAAUCGCAUUGUUCCUUACAAAAUCGCCCUUGAUAGGAGCUUCAUCGAUCUCACCAAACAAAAGCUGAAGCUCGCUCGAUAUCCCGAAGAACAACAUGACUUUUCUGAGGACGACUGGUCUCAGGGAGCCAAAGUAGCGAGAGUUCGACACCUCGCAGAUCACUGGCUAAACAAGUAUGACUGGGACGCUGAAGAGAAACGCCUCAACAGCAUCUUCAACCACUACCUUGUCAAACUCGACGUCCCCGGCUACGGCCCGCUGACCCUGCACUUCACCCACACCGUAUCUCCCGAUCCCAACGCGAUCCCGCUCCUCUUUUCCCACGGCUGGCCGGGCUCCUUCGUCGAGGCUUCGAAAAUCGUGUCGGGCCUCACCAACCCAUCGUCCCCCAAGCACCCGCCUUUCCACCUCGUCGCCCCUUCCAUACCCGGAUUCGGCUUCUCCCCAGCGCCCACCACGUCUGGCGUCGGCCCCGAGGUCGUCGCCCGCGCCUACAAGGUCCUCAUGACCGACGUCCUGGGCUACCCGUGGUUCGUCACGCAGGGCGGGGACUUCGGCUCCUUCAUCACGCGGUCCAUCGCCAUCCAGUUUCCGGGCGUCGUGCGCGCCGCGCAUCUGAACAUGUUUCCCGUCCCGCCUCCCACGCUCCUGCGGGCGCCGUUGGCGUAUCUGCGCUGGUGCCUCUCGGGGCUCUUCUACACAGACUUCGAAAAGGAGGCGGUUCGCGUGCGGAGAAACUUCGAGACGGAUCAGAGCGGCUAUCUCGAGCAGCAGCGCACCCGGCCGCAGACCCUUGGCUUCGCGUUAGGUGAUUCACCCCUGGGGUUGUUGGCGUGGUUCGUUGAGAAGUUCCACGACUGGGCGGGUGUCCAUGAGGCGCUCGGUGACGACGAGGUCAUCACGCUAGUGAUGAUGCAUUGGAUCCAGGGAGCUACGCCCGGACUGAGGUUCUACCGCGAGGCGUUCGGGGAGCGGAGGGAGGCGGAGAGGACUUUCGAGACGUAUGUUGCUGUGCCGACUGGUGUAAGUAUGUAUGCGAAGGAGCAACUUCAUUGUCCAAAAGAUUGGGCUCAGCAGGCGGCCAACAUCCAGUUCUGGAGAGAGCAUGAACGCGGAGGGCACUUCUCCAGUUUGGAAUGUCCUGAAAAAUUCAUCAAGGACAUGAGAGACUUCUUUUCAUCGCCUUCAGUUCUCAAGUCCAUUCACGAGGUGGCAUGA